UUUGAGUGAAACUACGAACGUACGCACUGCAAGUGAGAGUGCAGCUGCUUUUUGAGUUCGAGCCCGUUGUUGUUCAGUGAAAUGCCGCAAUGAGUGAAUGGAUGUGCUGGCACGAGUCUGACUGGAAAGACGACCCAUCCGGGAAUGGAAAGGAACCGACAGAACCGGGUGACCGAUGUUUGCCUGAUGAUCUCGAUUUCUGUACGCUGUUGUCUGGAAGCUCCGAGUCGUCGUUCGUCUUCUCCCCGCCAGACUACGAUCACGUGAUCAGGUCAGUGGGCGGGUCCAGCACGACGUCAUCCGUACAAGUCGAGAAACCUCAUGUUGUCUUCACGUUGUCCGUGGAUGCCAAAGGAAAAGAUUGUGAAGUCGAUGAGAGUAUUAACGUGAAUGUUACUAUCGAUCUGAAACAGGAAACGACCAGCACCACACACGCUGAGGUUUUAAGUCACAGUGUGCCGGCUGAUAGACUCGUUUGGUCUCCAACUCUUCGCCCUCUUGACCGAUUGCUUGCAACAAACAUUGAAAUGGCGAGAUUACAGCAGCAGCUGGAGGUCGUUGAAGAGAACGGAGAGAACGAGGAAAGGGUCAAACGACCACGAAAUGCGUUUAUGUUCUUCUGCUCAAACCAGAGACCAGAGCUCCAAAAACUGUAUCCGGGAUUAAACAAUCGCACUAUCAGUCAAAUGUUGGGUGCCAUGUGGCGAUCACUAUCGAACGAAGAGAAGCUGCCGUUUCAGGGAGAAGCUGCCAAAGAGCGAGAAGAUCACAAGAAACAGCAUCCAGAUUGGAAAUACAGCAUAGACAAAGCAAAAGGAGUCAAACGAAAGAUCAAGGCCGUCAAGAAACUUCAGAGAACGUUUGAGAGAGAGAUCAAGGGGAAGUGUACGAAGAAGGAAACGUUGCACGAUCACACAGUCACAGCAUUGGACGAGUUGUGGUCACCAAUAGAAUGGACAGGCGGCGGUAACACUCAAUGCUUGGAAAUCUCAAACAUCCACACAAGCGAACCGGCUGCAUGUUGGGUAACACCGAGUGAUCGUGAACAAGAGCUAUGCGGCUUGACUGUUUCCACUGCCCUCGAUCUCCUCGAUUGCCAUACAGACGUCGACCCUGAUUCUGUUAAUGAUUCUGUGUUGGACGGUCAGUGUGACGGUAGGAUGAUAGAUGAGAUAUCAAACGGCUCCGAUGCUACCGAAAGUGGACGAAUUGAAUCAGAUUGUGCACGAACACGACAUCACGAUGUUUGGUUGCACCGAUCAACACAUCAUGGACAAAUGUAUGGCCGAGUCUGGCCAGAUGUUGAUGCAGCAGGUACCGUCGUCGUCGUUUUCCUAUGCGUUUGCACCGAUGCCGAAGAGAAACAAGAAGAAAUCUGCAAAUCCGUAUUCGUUCGGUUGUAGAAGGUAUUAUGGAAUGACAAGCUUCGACUUGUGGUGUAAUGGUUGCAAACAAAAGAAGCGUUGCUGUAGAAACGAUCAAAUCAGCUGUUCAGCCACUACUUCACAAUUGCAGAACAAAGACUGAUGAAAGCUUAUCACAGCAGCAACUACCUCUCUGUUCCUUUCCUUCUUCUUCCGUACAUGCACUAUCAUUGAGUUGUGUCCUCUCAAUCAAGAUUUAUCAACUUGAUGUCAUAUGUAUGUAGCUAUAGAAAUGUCAUACUUAUUGACCAUGAUGUGGCAUACUCGCCUACUCAAUGUAUAUUUAUAUUAUUUAUUUAUUUAUUUAUUUAUUUA